UCACCACGGCCCUGGGGGGCAACACCAUCACAGGCCGCACCAUGUUCUGCCACCUGGACGCGCCCGCCAACGCCAUCAGCGUGUGCCGCGACGCCGCCCAGGUGGUGGUGGCCGGCCGCAACAUCUUCAAGAUCUACGCCAUCGAGGAGGAGCAGUUUGUGGAGAAGCUCAACCUGCGCGUGGGCCGCAAGCCGUCCCUCAACUUCAGCUGCGCCGAUGUGGUCUGGCACCAGAUGGACGAGAACCUGCUGGCCACGGCUGCCACCAACGGCGUGGUGGUCACCUGGAACCUGGGCAAGCCCUCCCGCAACAAGCAGGACCAGCUGUUCACCGAGCACAAGCGGACGGUUAACAAGGUCUGCUUCCAUCCCACGGAGGUGUACAUGCUGCUGAGCGGCUCCCAGGACGGCUACAUGAAAUGCUUCGACCUACGCAAGAAAGACUCGGUCAGCACCUUCUCUGGCCAGUCGGAAAGCGUGCGUGAUGUGCAAUUCAGCAUCCGGGAUUACUUCACCUUUGCAGCCACCUUUGAGAAUGGGAAUGUGCAGCUGUGGGACAUCCGGCGGCCAGACCGCUAUGAGAGGAUGUUCACUGCCCACAAUGGGCCAGUAUUCUGCUGUGACUGGCAUCCUGAGGACAGAGGCUGGCUGGCAACAGGAGGACGAGAUAAGAUGGUGAAGGUCUGGGACAUGAAUACCAACCGGGCCAAAGAGAUCUACUGUGUACAGACCAUAGCUUCUGUGGCAAGAGUGAAGUGGCGGCCUGAGUGCAAACACCACAUUGCCACAUGUUCCAUGAUGGUGGACCACAACAUCUAUGUGUGGGACGUGCGGCGCCCCUUCAUCCCCUCUGCCAUGUUUGAAGAGCACAAAGAUGUCACCACAGGCAUUGUAUGGCGCCACCUCCAUGACCCCUAUUUCCUCCUCUCUGGCUCCAAGGACAGUACCCUCUACCAGCACAUCUUCAAGGAUGCCAGCCAGCCCAUUGACAGGGCCAACCCUGAGGGGCUGUGCUACAGCCUCUAUGGAGACCUGGCCUUUGCAGCCAAAGAGAGCCUCAUUUCCUCUGACUCCAACCGCAAGCCUUACAUUGGUGACCGACGGCACCCCAUCUUCUUUAAACGCAAGCUGGACCCCACUGAGCAGUUUGAGUACAUCUCCUCUUCCAGUGCCCUCAGUGUCUUUGAGACAGAUGUGGAGAGUGGCAGUAUGGACUGGUUUGUGAGAACAGCCAAGCAGUAUGUGCUGGCGGGGCGGCCCCUGGCAGAACUGUGUGACCACAAUGCAGCAGUAGCAAAAGAGCUUGACCGCAACCAGGUUGCUCAGACGUGGACGAUGCUCCGAAUUAUUUACUCCAGCCCUGGCACUGUGUCGUCUGCUAACCUGAAUCACAGCAUGGGCAAGGGCAGCGCCAGCCUCCCACUCAUGAACAGCUUUAACCUGAAGGAUAUUCAGUCUGGGAUGGGCAGUGAGUCCAGACUGGAUCGCAGCAAAGGAGAGAGCCGACCUGAAAACAUCCUCAUGGAUUCUUCCUCCACCUUGAUCAACAAUGAUGACAAUGAGGAGACUGAGGGCAGUGACGUCCCCGCAGACUAUCUUCUGGGGGACGUGGAGGGAGAUGAGGAUGAGCUGUACAUGAUGGACCACGAGAAUCCCCAUGCUGAGGAGCAGGAGUACGUCCUACCCCAGGAGGCCUUUCCUCUGCGCCACGAGAUCGUGGACAACCCCUCUGCCCUGGACCACCUGCAGGACAAGGCUGACUCUCCUCAUGUCAGUGGCAAUGAAGCUGAGACUGUGUCCCUGACCCCUGUGGAGUCCUUCUCCCUCAUUUCCAUCUCCCACUCACUUUAUGAGAACCGCCUGCCCCCAGACUUCUUCAGCCCCAUCGUGCGGGACAUGCUGCUUUUCUACGCUGAGCAGGGUGAUGUGCAGAUGACUGUGUCCGUGCUCAUUGUGCUGGGGGACCGGAUCCGGAAGGAAAUCGAUGAGCAGACCCAGGAGCACUGGUACACCUCCUACAUUGACCUGCUGCAGCGCUUCCAGCUCUGGAACAUCUCCAAUGAGGUGAUCAAGCUGAGCACGUGCAGAGCCAUCAACUGCCUCAACCAGGCCUCCACCACCCUGCACAUCAACUGCACCAACUGCAAGCGGCCCAUGAGCAACAAGGGCUGGAUCUGUGACAGGUGUCGGCAGUGCGCCAGCAUGUGCGCCGUGUGCCACCACGUGGUGAAGGGGCUCUUUGUGUGGUGCCAGGGCUGCAGUCAUGGUGGGCACCUGCAACACAUCAUGAAGUGGCUGGAAAGCAGCUCCCACUGCCCAGCGGGCUGCGGCCACCUCUGUGAAUACACUUGAGCCCAGGGGAUUCUGCGUGUGGCUGGAUUGAAGCCAACA